AUGCUUUGUGCCAUUCUGGAGGGCCUUUUCAAGGUCGAUGGCCGUUCGGUGCUCCAGAUCAUCUGCAGCCACGGCAAGAAUCGCAGUGCUGCCCUGGCAGUGGCACUGAGUGCACUCUUCGAGUGUCCAGUUUGGCUUCCGUCGUGCGGGGAUGCCUUCUCCGAAUGGUGGGCGGUGGCCCAGCUCCCGGGUGAGAUCAUUCAGCAGCUCGAAGAGUGGCGUUCGGAGAGCCGUUCGGGGCCAUAUCGCCCGGCUCACCCUGCGGGCGUUCCGGGACCUCGAACCCCGCCUGCCGAUGCACCUGGAGGGCCGUACUUUGGCCACGGGACGUUCGGGGUUGAAGCCGUCGUUGCUGCCAUGCCCUCGGUAGGCAAUCCGCUGCUCGAUGCCGUUCGACUGGACGUCUGGCGUGUGGCACCCGGGGUCCUUCUGGAAUUUGACGAGUUGAGGCUCGAUGAGAAGUGUAUGCGAGCAGUCGGAAACCUCGCUGGCCAUUCGGAUGACGGAGCGAAGUUCGUGCGUGAGAUCUUCCAGGUGUUGCAACGAAACUCGGCCGACCUCAGGACGUACUCCAACCCGUCGGCCGCGAUCACCAGUGCCUGCCGUAAGGAGUUGGAUCGCUUGAGGCCAGAGAUUGCAGGUCUGCCGGGAUCGUCGGGUCGCUCGGACUGA